AUGACUACAGUGAAAACUGACAGGAUGAUUCAAUAUGUAUCCAUGCAAGUAUCAUUUGAAUAUAAUAAGUUUGAAAAAGAGAAUUGUAAGCAUUGUGAAACGUCCGACUGCUGGAUAUCUAAUAAUGCUACGAAUUGCAGAGCGAUUAAUUUAGAAAACUUACCUAGAUUAGAAAAACAAAUUGAAGAAGAUCUUCAAAGACAAUAUCAAUAUGUAUUACCUUAUUUGAACGAAUUAAGAGACUAUCAAUUAAAUUCUGCAUGUUCUGAAUACGAAGAUUUUCAUGAUUCGCAAAAAGAAAUUUGCUUAGUCACAUUAAAAUAUCAGAAUUCGAAUGCUCAACAAAGACAUGCUGAUGAAAGCAAUAUUACAUAUAUAGGCCCUCCUCAAAUAUCAACUAUGUUAUCUAUUAAUGAAUCACUUGAUAUGCCAUCAACUAAUAUUCAUGAACAAACAAACGAAAGUCUUUGCAAUACAUUGCUCAAUAAUCGAAACUUUUCAGAUGCUGCUACAAAUGUAAAUUUUGUUUCUGAUCAAAAUGCACAUGAUAUAUUACAUAGAACUAGUGAAUAUUCUCGAUCGUUAUCAUCGAAUAUUGAAACUAAUUCAAAUGAACAAGAUUCUUCAUUAAGUUUCGCUGCUACGAGUAAUGCCGCUAUGGUUAAUGAUGUCACUCAAAUAAUACGAACUCGACUUCGAAUUAUGCAGCAAAAUCAAACAUUCUUACCACGUAGUGCACCACGAGAAAAAGGCAAUGUUGAAUGUUUCAUUCUGGUGUAUUUGCAUUUUUCACAUCCUGAUGAACCAAUAAUAAAAAAAUUUUGUAGUCUCGUAAAUUUUUUCAAAUUUUUCAAGGAUAUUGAUGAUUGUGUUGCAUUCAUAAACAGUGUAUCCAAUGAAAAAAUCGUUUUUAUUGUUUCGAAAUCAUUUUGUGAUUCGAUUCUUUUAAGAAUUGAAAAUCUGCAACAAAUACUUACUAUUUAUAUUUUGUGUGAAGGUGAUAUUGAAAUGAAUUCAUCAUUUAAAAUGUUAAAAGUUCAAGGUUUAUACCCGAAAUUAAACGACAUAUACGAACAAAUAUCAAAGGACAUGCAUACAUUAGAACAUAGUCUACUGAUCUAUUUAAAUUUAUCAACAAAUACAGCAACAAUUGAACAAGAUUAUGUAUACUUUCAAUUAUUAACUGAAUUAAUUCUGGAUAGAAAUGAAAUAAGUAAUGGUUUACAAGAACUAAUUAAUUUUUGA